UUUUCAACACAUUCCUUCACAUCACAAGAACCAUAACAAUUUAUCUCUCUCUCUCUAUAUAUCCACAAUGGCUCCUAAUUCUUCUACUCAUAAUGGGUUUUAUGUUCUUAUGAUAGUGAUUAGCACUAUGGUUGCUAACUGUGCUGGUAGCUUCUACCAAGACUUUGAUCUAACUUGGGGUGAUCACCGUGCUAAGAUAUUCAAUGGUGGUCAGCUUCUAUCUCUUUCCCUUGACAAAGUCUCUGGCUCUGGCUUCAAAUCAAAGAAAGAAUAUCUCUUUGGGAGGAUUGAUAUGCAGCUCAAGCUAGUUGCUGGCAACUCUGCUGGCACUGUCACUGCUUACUACUUGUCAUCCCAGGGACCAACACACGAUGAGAUUGAUUUUGAGUUUUUGGGAAACCUAAGUGGGGACCCCUAUAUUCUCCACACAAACAUCUUCACCCAAGGCAAAGGUAACAGAGAGCAACAGUUCUACCUUUGGUUCGACCCCACCAGAAACUUCCACACUUACUCUAUCAUUUGGAAGCCCCAGCACAUCAUAUUCUUGGUUGAUAACACACCCAUAAGGGUAUUCAAGAAUGCUGAAUCUGUAGGUGUUCCUUUUCCAAAGAACCAACCAAUGAGAAUCUAUUCCAGCCUGUGGAAUGCUGAUGACUGGGCCACCAGAGGAGGAUUGGUGAAAACUGAUUGGUCGAAAGCACCCUUUACAGCAUACUACCGCAAUUUCAAAGCCACUGGCUUGUCACCUAAGUCUUCCAUUUCAAAUUCUGGUGCUGCAUGGGAGGCUAACGAGCUUGAUGCUUAUGGCAGAAGAAGACUGAGAUGGGUUCAGAAGUACUUUAUGAUCUAUAACUACUGCAAUGAUCUCAAGCGAUUCCCACAAGGUGUUCCUGCUGAGUGUAGACACUAGACGCUCAAGGUUCUGAGAGAUUAAGAAUAUGUCACUUUUCUGAGUUGGAUUUUAAUGGUCUUUGUAACAUAUGCUAUGUUUAUGUCUUAGAUUCUUUAAUCACUUCUGUCUUUUUUUUUUGCUUUUUAAGUAUCUGUUUUAUAGUUUGCUAAUGUAUAUUAAGGGUUCAUAAUAAUAAAUCAAAUUCUUUGUACCACUUUGCUUGCCUGUAUGGACAGUUGCAUGAUCUCAAUGUCUCAUCCUCAUCCAGUCUGUGAAAUUGAUCAUGUUGGAAUCAAUUUCUAUUUGUUCAUAUAAUAAAAUGUUGUAGCCAAGUUUAAUA